AUGUGCGACUUCGGCUCAAUGAACAUAAAGUUACUAUUCGUGGUCACCAGGCAAGAUCAUAUAGCUCUUGCAGAGAGCCAGCCAACGAUUCCCUUUCGGCAGAUGUACAAACCUCUCGGCCAGGAAGAGAUGGGAUACAUCCGAAAGAGGCUUGAAGAAUAUACCGAUCGAGUGAGACGGCAAACCAAUAUAUUGGACAACUUUGACAACACAGUUAUCCUCGCUGACGCUAGAACACUAUUUUCGUAUAUUGCGCUUCUGGAGUCGACAAUCAAAACCCAACGGACCGAGGCGCCGUCCAAGAAGAGAACCAUGCGGUCGGCUGGGACUGCAGGCCAUGAAACCUGUGGAAAGCAGCAGCGACGUUUUUGA